UUGAUCGGAAGUGCCGGCGCCUUCUCGGCGGCAGGCGUUGCGGGGUUUCCGGCCCUCAGCCGGGCGGCCACCGGCCGGGUGGUGGUGAUCGGCGGCGGUUUCGGCGGCGCCACCUGCGCGAAAUACCUGCGGCGCGCCGACCCGGGCAUCGAGGUGACCCUCGUCGAGCGCAGUUCCCAUUUCAUGACCUGUCCGUUCAGCAAUACGGUUCUGGGCGGCUUGACCGGCAUGGACUUCAUCACCCACGGCUACGACCGGUUGAGCAGCCGUCACGGGGUGACCGUCAUCCACGAUACCGCGAGCGGCAUCGACCCGGCACAACGCAAGGUGUCGCUGCAGAACGGUAGCGACCUGUCUUACGACCGUCUGGUGGUGUCGCCGGGCAUCCAGUUGUUGUGGGGCGCCCUGGAAGGGUACGACGAGCAGGCGUCGCAAGCCAUGCCGCACGCCUGGCAGGCGGGACCGCAGACCACCCUGCUGCGCCAGCAGCUCGAAGCCAUGCCCGACGGCGGCACGGUGGUCAUUGCGCCGCCGGCCAAUCCGUUCCGCUGCCCGCCCGGCCCCUAUGAGCGCGCCAGCCUGAUCGCCUACUACCUCAAAACGCACAAGCCAAAGUCGAAAAUCAUCAUCCUCGACGCCAAGGAAAAGUUCUCCAAACAGCCACUGUUCAUGGAAGGCUGGGAACAACGCUAUCCCGGCAUGAUCGAGUGGCGCGCCGGGUCGGCCGGCGGCAGCGUCGUCAAGGGUAGACGCCGCCACGAAGACCCUGGAGACGGAUUUCGGCCAAGUACCUUCGAGUCCGCCAUUCAUCCGGGCAUCCACGUCAUCGGCGACGCCUGCAUUGCCGGCAAGAUGCCGAAAUCCGGCUACAGCGCCAACAGCCAGGCCAAGGCAUGCGCCGCCGCGGUGGCCGCCAUGCUGCGCGGCGAGUCGCCCGGCACCGUGUCGUUCAUCAACACCUGCUACAGCCUGGUGGCACCCGAUUACGGCAUCUCGGUGGCAGCCGUCUACCGCCUCGCCGACGACGGCACCAUCAAGGGCGUUGAAGGCGCCGGCGGCGUCAGCCCCAAGGGCGCCUCGGCCGACUUCCGCAAGCGCGAGGCCGAAUACACCGUCGGCUGGUACAGGAGCAUCACCGCCGACAUUUUCGGAUAG